AAACUACUCUAUUAGUAAGAAACCUGUACACCUUACCUUGAUAAUAUAUCGGUUUAUAUUUCCUUUCUAAAAAGUUAUCAAACCUAUCCUAAAUGGAAAUAGGAAACGAGAUAAGUCAAAAAAUAAGGUCUGCCAUCAAGACGAAGCUUGUGGAACUCGGUGCCUAUGAAGAUGAAGAACUACCUGACUACAUCAUGGUGAUGGUUGCUAAUAAGAAGACCCGGGAACAAAUGAACGAGGAUCUUCAUUUAUUCCUUGGCAAUAGCACUGAAAAAUUUACUGCUUGGUUGCUAUCUAUUUUGAAUAAAUUGAAAGCUAUUACUAUAGGAAACCCACCAAGUGUAGCUGCUGUAAUUCCACAGGAAGUAAACACUACAAAGAAUCCUAGAAGCAACAGUAAUGGCACUGAUAACAAAGAACAUGAGUUGAUUCCAGAAUUGCUACUGCAGACGGAAACAGAUGAAUUUAAUGAAGAACAAGAAGAAAUCAACACACUAAAUGCUACAGAGAAAUCAGACAUCACUAAAACCUUAACAACAACAUGUGACAAAAUUAAUAAAGUAAAUUCAGACUUAAAGACUGCACCUUCCAUUUCUACCACAACCACAAAAAUUACCUCUCGUGUGCAGCCAUCCAUGUUUUACUUGAACUCUGCAUCUAAUAAUAUUACUUCACAGACUCAAUCUUCCAUUUCUAAUGAAAAUACAAUUUCCUCUCAGUCUGCUGCUUAUGUUUUCCCCAAAAGUAAGCCAAUAACAUCUCGAUUGCAAAUGGACCUUAUUUCAAACUCUCAUAAGAGUCAAAUACCAAAAGUCAUCACUCAUCCUAUCAUAUCUAAAGAACAACAACAAUUACAGCUUGCCAGGCAAAACAGAAAACGGCGGAUUCCUGGUUCAGUAAUUGGCUCUAUAAUCCACCAUUCUAGUGAAGAAGAAGAAGAAUAUGAUCCAUACAAUCCUUCUUACGGCAGUGUUGCUAGUGUCAUUCGAGUCACAGAAAGAAAGUCUAGUAUACCUCCAGAACUACAAGCUAAUAAAUGUUUGUUAUUGAAAGCAGUGAAAGAUGCUCAUAAAUCGUUAGCAACACAAGAAAAACGAAAUGCAGAACAUGCCAUGAUAAAACCUAUGUUUCAUGAAGUUCCUGAAAAGAAGUUGAAGAUGUCUGAGAGAAUGAAAAGCAAACAGCCACCGCUGUUUACAAGGUCCAAACUGGCUGAACAGGAUUUUCCUGAAUCCAACCAGUAUAACUUUGGAGAGGAGGAGGAUGAUGAAUUGGAUGGUCGUCAAAACAAACUGAGACAAGUGGAAUGUAACAAGCCUGGACAAAGGAUUGCUGUGAUCAAGCAUUUAGAAUCAGCGAAAUUGAAUGAAGAACUAAAUAACGAAUCCAUUGCAGAAAUUGAGCUUGAUGAAGACAUCCAGUUGUGUAGCAAUCUGUUAAAUCUUCCUGAAGAGGAUUUGGUCGAGACACCACUGCCAGCAAGAAUUGUGAAGAAAAACAAGAAAGAAACAGAAGAUAAAACACAAUUUAUUGUAACAUUAGAUGGCUAUGAUGCACCCAAAAUGAACAGCACCUCGUCAUUUCAAUCGCCAACAGACCAGAAUGAAACAACAAAUUCAUCUAUGCAGUAUCAAAUGACACAGAUAAAACCUUUAGCUUUCAACAUCAGUGACACAACAGAUGAAGAUGAAGAACUAGAUGAGACUAAAAGUUCAGCCUUGAAAACGACGACAGAGAAAUGUAAGUUCUGGCCUUCCUGUCAGAAUGGCACACACUGUAAAUACUAUCACCCGUCAUCUCCUUGCAGUAAAUUUCCUAAAUGCAAAUUUGGGCAGAAUUGUCUUUAUAUCCACCCAAAAUGUAAAUUUGACACCAAAUGUUCAAGAACAGAUUGCCCAUUCAGUCACAGUUAUGCAAAACCAGCAGCACCUCCAGUAGCAGUGCAGUCUCUUCCAGCCGUACCAGUUGCCCCUCCUGCUACACGACAGCCUCCCACUCAAACACUUCAAUGUAAAUUUUUCCCUACUUGUAAAAAUAUGAAUUGUCCAUUUACCCACCCAAAGCCUUGUCGGUAUGGUAUUAGUUGUACAAAUAAAACAUUUUGCACCUUUUACCAUCCACCAUUACCAAGCAAAAAUCAACUACGAUGGAAAGCAGAGAAAUCCAGAGCUGAGAAUCAGUCUGAAUUGGAAGAUGAUAUGGAAUUAAAUGUUGUACAUUGGAAUAAUCCCUACAAAGUUGUUAACACUAGCAGCUGAUGACAUGGGUAAGUCAAGACAUGGUCUCUCUGGGUCGCAUACAAGUAUUGUAUUAUAUUGUCUCUGAGUCAGGUAUAUAGCUAUACAUAUGUUAAUGUAUUCACUGACAAUAGAUUGCACUUAAAUUUCACACAGUUUAGUGGUUCACAGUGAACAAGAAGUGUGUCUGUCUGACAGUAAAGAGCAUAUUUAUUUUCUUCUGCAAGCUUCUGUUAAGGUAUAGCCUAUCAAAGAUUACAUUAUCUUGUAGUUUUAUAUACA